AUGCCGCCGCCGCGCGAACAACGACGGUCCAACGUGCGGCGCGCCAAUGUCACGGCUUGCACGAGGUGUCGAUCGCGCAAGCAGCGAUGCGACCAGAACCUCCCGGCGUGCUCCAACUGCGAGCGCGCGGGCGUUGAAUGCGUGAGCACUGAUAUCGACGGGAGGAUUGCCCCGAGAAGCUAUAUGAAGAGUCUCGAGGAUCGCAUCGCCUAUCUCGAAACACAACUGACGGCUCACGGUAUUGAAGAUGUUGACAUGCUACCUGUAGACUUUUCUCCGGCAGAUACAACCGAGUCAAUUCCAGCUUCCGCGAUCUCCCCCGAAACGGAUGGCCCGGAUGGCGAGUCCGAAGACUUGGUCGGCCGCAUUGCCCUGAAUUGCCUACAACCUCACGCCUUCUCCCAGGGAAUUGUGAACCAAAACGGCCUCUCCGUGCUACGAUCCCUGCUCUCUGACCCAAUGACCAAGGUAUCCUGGGCCGAGAAAAAGUCCGACAAUCACUCGCUCCUGGACGAGCUGCCUCGCGAGACGUCCGUCGGCAUGCCGCGUCAAGAAGUCGCCGGCCGGCUCGUGGACACAUACUUUGAGCACUGCAAUUUCUUCUCUCCAAUCAUUUCUUCCAAGAAAGAUUUUCUCACUAUGAUCGAACCCUUGUACGAUGCAUCUGCCUCUGACCAGUCCCUGAUCAAUGUCAGGUUCCGCGCCUUGGUUGUGUUUGGAACCUCCAUCUUGCUCCUCAACAGAACCGACUCUUCAGUCCCGAUAUCAAGAUCCGAGGGCUAUUUUACCGCUGCCACUCAAUUGUUUUCCCAGCAUCCCGACGCAAUAUGCACGGGCGACUUGGAGCAUGUUGCCAACCUCCUCUUCAUCAUCCAGUAUGCCUGCUUCUCCUCCAACCUAACCGCCGCAUGGCACUUUCUCGGUCUUGCCACGAGGCUCGCGGUCGAAUUGAACCUCCACAACGAACGUCCAGGGACUGCAUCUGACCAUCAACAAACCAACGAGAGGAGGUGGCUAUUUUGGUCCACAUACACCUUUGAACGGAAUUUGUGCGUCAUUCUCGGUCGUCCAUUUUCGAUUCCUGAUGAAGCCAUCGAAACACCGCUUCCAAUUCCACCUAGCGAUGACCCGGAACGAGCCCUCGCCGUUCACCUAAUUAAGAGCCGUCGCCUAGAGUCGGAGAUUUACACGACACUCAACCAAAGAGAACCUUGCAAUGGGGCCAUUCUCAAUAAACCCGCAUGGAGGGAGAACAUCCAACGGCGACUUCUGGAAUGGCACACGUCUGUCCCUCCCAUUCAUCGCACCAGCCAACUCGCCCCGGCUGAGAUCUUCAAUGGCGUGUUAUACAACGCCCUGGUCCAUCUAUAUUAUCCCUCAUAUCAUUUCCCGAACCCUUCAAAUGAUGAUUUGGUUGUACUUGCACAGAGUGCUACGGAUAGCAUUAAUUGCUACAAACAAAGCUUCCGGGCAGGCGAGUUGCGCUUCUACUGGCGCACCGUCCAUAAUGUUUUCAGGAGUGGUGUGGCCGUGGCGUACUGCGCCCAGAUUGCUACCAUGCAACAGAAUCCAGACUUGGACUUGGGCGACACGACGGCCUCCAUCAACUCAUGUUCUUCUAUACUUUGGGGCAUGGUUGAGCGAUAUCCAGCGGGUCAAGCAUACCGCGACAUCUUUGAUAGUAUCGCCAACUCAGUGGUGAAUCAAAGGCGAGAGCAGAUGGAUCUUGGGGAGAGUCAUAACAUGUUUGUGCAGAGCAGUGAGCACACAUCCAUUUUUGCGGAGCUAUCUGCGGACCUGGGAGCCGCGAACCUGCCGCUUACAGCGCUGGAUGCAUUAUCAUGGGGAUUCGGGGACCUGUCUCAAGUUCACGAGAAUAUUUAG